AUGGCGUCUCUCUUCAGAGAUCGAACGUUUGGGCAUUCUAAGAGAGACUCCUUCUCUUCCACAGCAUCGGCGGCCGCCGCCGCCAUUAUAUCCUCCGCCAGUUCCCGCUUCUCCGGCACCACCACCACCAGCUCCGCCCUGUCGCCGCUCCCAUCCCCAUUCGGCGACCUAACUCCGACGCUCACCGCCACUGACAUCCGUGAGACUGCCUACGAGAUCUUCGUUGCAGCAUGUCGCACCUCCACCGGCAAGGCCCUCACCUACAUUCCCUCCUCUGCGGACGGAUCUCCCUCGCCGUCGCCGUCGUCCAACUCCAAUUCCUCCUCAUCCUCUCCGUCGAUGCAGAGAUCUCUCACUUCCACUGCCGCUUCCAAAAUGAAGAAAGCCCUGGGCCUCCGAUCCAGCUCUAGUUCAGUCUCGAAGCGGGCCGACGGUAGUCCGGGCUCUGGGGGGAAGCCUAAGAAGCCUAUGACUAUAGGUGAGCUAAUGAGGGUUCAGAUGAGGGUCUCCGAGACCGUUGAUUCGAGGAUUAGGAGAGGUUUGCUGAGGAUUUCUGCUAGUCAGGUUGGAAGAAGAAUGGAGUCAACAGUUCUCCCGCUUGAGCUGUUGCAACAGUUCAAAUCUUCAGAUUUUACUGAUCAAGCUGAAUAUGAAAUGUGGCAGAAGAGAAAUUUAAAGAUUCUAGAGGCUGGACUUCUUUUACAUCCUCACAUGCCACUUGAUAAGUCAAAUCCUGCUGCACAACGACUGAAACAAAUCAUUCAAGCUGCAUUAAACAGGCCAAUGGAGACUGGGAGAAACAAUGAGUCAAUGCAAGUCCUUCGAACUGCUGUAAUGGCUCUUGCUAGCAGAUCAUCUGGUGGAUCUGUCCUGGAGUCAAACCAUUGGGCAGAUGGUUUCCCAUUAAACCUUAGGCUCUAUGAGAUUCUCCUAGAAGCCAUUUUUGAUGUCAAUGACGAAACAUCUAUUAUAGAGGAAGUUGAUGAACUUAUGGAACUCAUAAAGAAGACAUGGGGGAUCCUUGGCUUAAACCAAAUGCUUCAUAAUGUUUGCUUUACAUGGGUCCUAUUCAACCGCUUUGUAGCCACUGGACAAGGUGAAAAUGAUCUACUAGAUGCUGCUGAUGGUCAGUUAGCUGAAGUUGCUAAAGAUGCAAAAGCAACUAAGGAUCCCGCAUAUUCUAAGGUCUUGAGUUCUACACUAACUGCAAUGUUGGGUUGGGCUGAGAAAAGACUCCUUGCAUAUCAUGAGACUUUUGAUGGUGGAAAUAUUGAAUCAAUGCAAACCAUUGUUUCUAUUGGUGUAUCAGCAGCUAAAAUUUUAGUUGAGGACAUAUCUAAUGAGUAUCGACGUAGGCGAAAGGGGGAAGUUGAUGUAGCUCGCAGCAGAAUUGAUACUUAUAUUAGGUCAUCGCUUCGCACUGCUUUUGCUCAGAGGAUGGAGAAGGCAGAUUCAAACAGAAGAUCAUCAAGAAACCAGCUAAAUCCUCUCCCUGUCCUUGCUAUCCUUGCAAAGGAUGUCGGUGAGCUGGCUACUAAAGAGAAGGAGGUAUUUAGUCCCAUCCUCAAGAGAUGGCAUCCCUUUGCUGCAGGUGUGGCUGUUGCCACCCUUCAUGUCUGUUAUGGGAAUGAGCUGAAGCAAUUUGUUUCGGGUAUAACGGAGUUGACACCAGAUGCUGUACAAGUAUUGAGAGCUGCAGAUAAGUUGGAGAAAGAUCUUGUGCAGAUUGCAGUUGAGGAUUCAGUGGACAGUGAUGAUGGUGGAAAGGCCAUCAUUCGUGAGAUGCCACCUUUUGAAGCUGAAGGUAUAAUAGCCAACAUGGUGAAAGAUUGGAUUAAGAUGAGAACAGACAGGCUGAAGGAAUGGGUUGACAGAAGUCUUCAACAAGAGGUUUGGAAUCCUCGAGCUAAUGAAGAAGGAUAUGCUCCUUCUGCUAUUGAACUCCUGCGGAGUAUGGAUGAAACAAUGGAUGCAUUCUUUCAACUGCCAAUACCAAUGCAUCCAGCACUUCUUCCCGACUUGAUGGCUGGACUUGAUAGAUGUCUUCAGUACUAUGUAACCAAGACAAAAUCUGGCUGUGGAUCAAGAAACACAUAUAUUCCAACUAUGCCAGCAUUAACUAGGUGUACCACGGGGACAAAGUUCCAAGGUGUGUGGAAGAAGAAAGACAAGUCAAUAAAUAAUACACAAAAGAGGAACUCUCAGGUUGCAACAAUGAAUGGAGAUAGUUCCUUUGCGAUGCCACAGUUAGUAGUGCGUAUAAAUACUUUACAAAAAAUCCGAACAGAGUUGGAAGUUCUUGAAAAGAGGAUUAUCACACUUUUGAGAAACUCGGAAUCUGCUCAUAUAGAGGACAUCUCGAAUGGUCUGGGUAAAAAGUUUGAGAUUACACCAGCUGCUUGUGUUGAGGCAAUACAACAACUCAGUGAGGCAAUGGCAUAUAAGAUUGUCUUUCGUGAUCUAAGUCAUGUCCUAUGGGAUGGUCUAUAUGUUGGGGAGCCCUCUUCUUCGAGGGUUGAAUCUUUCCUCCAGGAGCUUGAGCAAAACCUCACAAUCAUAUCAAACACCGUUAAUGAAAGAGUACAUACACGGAUUAUUGCUGAUAUAAUGAAAGCUUCCUUUGAUGGUUUCUUGUUGGUUUUACUUGCUGGAGGGCCAUGCCGUGCAUUCACUAGGCAGGACUCCCAAAUAAUAGAGGAUGAUUUCAAAUCUCUAAAGGAUCUAUUUUGGGCGAAUGGAGACGGAUUGCCAACCGACAUCAUAAACAAGUAUUCAACAACAGUAAGGGAUGUCCUUCCACUCUACCGGACAGAUACAGAGAGUCUCAUAGAGCGUUUUAGGCGACUGACUCUAGAGGCAUAUGGGUCCUCUGCUAAGUCCAGGCUUCCCUUGCCACCAACUUCAGGUCAGUGGAACCCGACUGAACCCAACACCCUUUUGCGUGUCUUAUGUUACAGAAACGAUGAAGCUGCUACAAAGUUCCUCAAGAAGACUUACAAUUUGCCCAAAAAAUUGUAGUUGGUCUUAGUGGAAGAACGAACGGAUCUUCUGCAAGUGUUCCAUAUAGCAGCUUGCAAUUGUGUGUAGAGAACUGACCCCCGGAUGCUCCUCUUGCUCCUCAGUUAAGUAAUGGCGGUUUACUGUAUAGUAAUUCAAAUCCUAGUUAUUCAUUCUGGCCUAGUAAUUUUUCAAAGAUCACGCUAUCCUUGAUUGUCUUAAUGCUUUUUUCUCAAGAAAAUAUAUCAGCUAGGUGAAAGAUUAGUUGUCUCCCAUGCUUCCAGAUGUUUAUAGGUUAUAUAUCAGUUUUGCCUAUAUUUUAUGUACCUGUUGUUGCCAGCGU